AUGGAAGGGCAGCAACCAACCCAGCAGAACAUCGUGUCCAGUCUCCGUUUCUACACAAAGGAGGAACCAUUGAUGGCACUGGACCUGCAACUGCCGGUCUGUAGUUUUGGUUCCCUCGUAAUCGAAUACAAGGCCCCAGAUCUCGGCAAAUUUCUGAAGGCCAUGCAGAACAACAAGUUCGAUCCUUCGUCAGCAAAUUUUGAGAUGACCUGGACUGCAGCAGAAGCACCGGCAGUUUCUGCAUACGAAACUAAGGGCAUGAUUGAUCAAGUCCUCAGUGGAUUGCCCACCCAUGCAGACAGCCGAGAGCAUUUUGUUCGGAUUUUUGGCAAACUCACUGCUAUGGGCGAGUCGUGGGGCUUGCUGCUGUUGUCAAUGCAGGACAAAUAUGUGAUUUCGGGCGGGAGACAUUUCAGGCAUCGCCUGUGCCAACAUUGGCUGGAGAUCGCUCGCGAUGCAUCCACCUCAAAGAUCUCAGAGGCAACACCCAUCAUACUACUCAAAAGGAACAGGCACAGGGGUGAGGGUGGCCGCCUGACUGGCUGUGAAGUCCUUGGUGACUCCUUUCCCAGAAACUUUGAUGAUGGCUUGCAAAGAGCACUCAACUUUCACGGUGUGUACCCUAAUCUUGAGUGGCAAAACGUGUCACACACCUUGCUAUCAUUGGAUUGGGACCCCCAAGAGGGCUUAGCACUCUUGCGAAAUCUCCAGGGGAAAAUUCGAUCACAGGCACCUGCUCAAUUCACGACGCUCCAGACGCAGGAGGUCACUCUGAUGGUCCACGUGCAGCUGCGCUUGUCCUGUCUUGGAGUUGCGGAAGUCCAAGGGUCCAUCAAUGCGGCCUGCGUGGAGGUUCUUGCGGAGCUGCUUGAGUACAAGCUGAAGAUCGUGAAGUUUCAAUCUGUUGCCGACUUGGAGACACAGAUGAAGGGUUUCGAAGGUGACGCGCAGCACCGCGGAACCCUGGUGCUGGUUACAGAUCUUCCGGCUUCCACCAGCAAAAUCAUUGCUGGGUCCCAUCGCAUGGUCCUUUGCUACAAUGCCGAAGAGUGAGAUAUGAGGAUGGCUCCAGAAUACAUACCCAUGACCUACAAAUGAAUGGUCAAAAUGCAAUUCGAAUAUAUGUGCGGGCUCAUUGUUGCCCGAUUUUGGGUCGCCACACAGCACCAGCCGUUGUCUCAUGAAAGGCUGAGUCAGGGCUUGGCUUAGUGCGAGAGCAAGUAGAAGAUUAUGCAGACCAUGGUGAAAA